UGAUUUUAAGUCGCAGGGCUUCCUCUAUCAGCUGGUAUGGACAUUUUAAUGAUAUUUAUCUGCUGUCAGGUGAUAUUAAUAAUAAUGCAGAGAAAAAUAUAAUCAUUCGUAUAUUUUUUUUAGUCGUGUCUCCAUUGCUUGUCUGGUUCUCUCAGGAGAGGAGGGCGGAUAUUCAGCAUCUCUCAGCCUCCGCCCGCCUCUGUGGCUCUGUCCAGAGCGGUGGAGAGACAGGGGGGGGGGGACCGCAGAGCGACAGGGAGACAGACAAGAGACACAGAGAGAGAGAGAGAGGGCGAUGGCCGCCGAUGGAGUUUGCGCGGAAUCGGCGGAUCAGUACCGGGCCGAGUUGGAGCGGCUUGCCCAGGAACUGGCCGAGGCGAACCGGGAGAAAAUCCGGGCUGCGGAGUGCGGUCUGGUUGUCCUGGAGGAGAACCAGGCGCUGAAGCAGAGGUAUGCAGACCUGGAGAUCGAGCAGGAGACUCUCAGGAAGGAGUUGGAGCAAUUGCAGGAGGCCUUCGGCCAGGCUUACACCAACCAGCGUAAGGUGGCAGAGGAUGGGGAGACUAACGAGGAGACGUUGCUGCAGGAGUCAGCCUCUAAGGAGGCCUACUACAUGGGCCGUCUGUUGGUGCUGCAGACGGAGGUGGCGCUGAGCCGUUCUGUGGCGUCCAAUGCCCAGGCCGAGAACGAGAGACUCAACGCACUUGUGCAGGAGCUACGGGAGAGUAACGAGAUGCUGGAGCUACAGAGGAGCCGGAUGAGGGAAGAGGUCAAGGAGUAUAAGUUCAGGGAGACCAGGCUGCUUCAGGAUUACACCGAGCUGGAGGAGGAGAACAUCACGCUGCAGAAACUGGUGUCUACACUCAAGCAGAGCCAGGUGGAGUAUGAGGGACUGAAACAUGAAAUCAAAGUACUGGAGGAGGAGACUGUUCUCCUAAAUAGUCAGCUGGAAGAUGCGUUACGUCUGAAGGACAUUUCUGAGGGUCAGCUGGAGGAGGCCCUGGAUGCCCUCAAAAGUGAGCGCGAGCAGAAGAACAAUCUGAGAAAGGAACUGGCCCACCACAUCAGCCUGAGUGACAGUGUCUACGGAGCAGGGGCCCAUCUGGCACUCACCGUCACCGGUGUAGAGGGUCUAAAGUUCCCUGAGGAGACCAACGGAACCAACGGCACAAACGGCACGAACGGAAGCUCCAUCCCUGCGGCUAACGGCAACAAUGAGGACAGCAACCGCCGCAACGGCCUCAUUCACACAGGCACCGGAUUGGCUAAGAUGAACGGGGACUUCCGGGCAGCCCGGAAAGGAGAAGGCCUGCAGCCCGUGCCGGACCUGUUCAGUGAGCUCAACCUGUCCGAGAUGCAGAAGCUCAAACAGCAGCUGCUACAGGUGGAGCGGGAGAAGUCGGUGCUUCUCAUGAACCUGCAGGAGUCACAGACCCAGCUGCAACACACACAGGGCGCCCUGACCGAGCAGAACGAGCGCGUCCAUCGCCUCAUGGAGCGCGUCAGCAGCAUGAAAUGUCUCAAUGGAGACAAAGAGCUUGAUGAACCACAGGAGAGUGAGAAACCUGAUGGGGGCUCCUUAUCGCCACCAGCCAAUGGUCACCAUGAUCCCGAUAUCCAUGGGUUUGAGAUCCUGGAGUGUAAGUACAAGGUGGCGGUGACGGAGGUGAUCGACCUGAAAGCAGAACUAAAGGUCCUGAAGGAGAAGUACAACCAGGCUGUGGAGGGGCAGGGGGACAGCUACAGCGACGACAGGGUCCCGGCACUGACUGAACAGCAGGUAACUCAUUUGGAGCGUAGUUACCGUGAGAGUCGGGAGAGGGUGGCAAGCCUGGAGGCAGAGCUCCGAGCAUCGGCGAGCACGGCCACAGAGAGCCAGGGCAUGCUGAACACAGCACAGGAUGAGCUGGUAACCUUCAGUGAAGAACUGGCACAGCUCUACCACCACGUCUGCCUGUGCAACAACGAGACACCCAACCGCGUCAUGCUGGACUACUACCGCCAGAGCCGCGUCACACGUAGCGGCAGCCUGAAGGGCUCAGACGACCACCGGGCUUUGCUCUCGCCUCGCUUGGCGCGACGCCUCGCUGCGGCGUCUGCAGCCUGCUCCUCAGAGCCCCCGCGCACUCCAAUGGACUCCCCAUCCAAAGACGGCCAUCUCAAUGAGACGACAACCAACACACUGGACUCUUGUCAUAGCAGCCCCACCCGCAACCCUACAGGGUCCCCAGUCAUCAGCAUCUCUCCUUGCCCGUCUCCAGUGCCCUCCGAGGCAGGUGGGGACCUGCGGAAGGAGCCCAUGAAUAUCUACAACCUGAACGCCAUCAUCAGAGACCAGAUCAAACACCUGCAGAGGGCUGUGGACCGCUCACUGCAGCUGUCCAGGCAGAGGGCUGCAGCCAGGGAGCUGGCGCCAAUGCUUGACAAGGACAAGGAGUUGUGCUUGGAGGAGAUACUCAAACUGAAGUCCCUGCUCAGUACAAAGAGAGAGCAGAUAGCCACACUUAGGCUGGUGCUGAAAGCCAAUAAACAGACAGCAGAGGGGGCACUGGCAAAUUUGAAGAGCAAGUACGAGAAUGAAAAGGCGAUGGUGACAGAGACCAUGAUGAAGCUAAGGAACGAGCUGAAGGCUCUGAAAGAAGAUGCCGCCACCUUCUCAUCUCUUAGGGCCAUGUUUGCCACAAGAUGUGAUGAGUACGUUACCCAGUUGGAUGAGAUGCAGAGGCAGCUGGCAGCAGCAGAGGAUGAGAAAAAGACGUUGAACUCCCUCCUCCGUAUGGCCAUCCAGCAGAAACUGGCCUUGACCCAACGGCUGGAGGAUCUGGAGUUUGACCACGAGCAGACUCACCGUGGCCGCGGCGCUAAAGUGCCCAAGAUAAAAAGCAGCCCUCCCAAAGUAAGUCGCAGAGGUGCCGUCACAGCUCCCUCCAGUCCCACGAGGUUCCACAGCCCCUCCAUUAUCACCACCCACACCCUGAACACCUCCCUUACUAGUCCUCCCUCUGUAGAACUAACUGCCUGUCCGUCCAUGUCUGCGUGGACUUCAGACACACUUUCUGAAACAAUCCAGACCUCAGCUUCAACUCUUCAACCGAACAUCAGUUACCCUCAUUUGUUUCUGGGUGCCCAGCCCAUCGUGGUAGACCCUGAGCGGCUAACCUUAGAGUUCAGACGACUCAUUUACUCAAGACAAGACAUAGGUCGACUGUCCCCUUCUCACAGCACCAGUAGCCCUGCCUCAGUAACUCCUCACCUUCGACGAAGGCGAUGAUUCAUCAUCUAUGUACACAGUUUCCAGAUGCCGCUGGAUUAGAUGGGAUACAGAGAGGAGGAAAAACUGGUUUCACAUGUCUAUGGUUUGAACAUGCAGCAACACUCAGGAAGAAGGAGCCCCUGACACCUUGCUCCAUUCUCAAAACAGCACUGAACAGCCUUUUUAGUAUUGAUACGUUUGGACUGCAUGCAAUUUUCUUAUGAACACCCUUACCUAUGUGAUACCAGGCAUAUUUCUUAGCAUAUGAAUAACUGCUACCAUAAACCAAGGCAAUAUUUAAAUCACUUUCUUAGAGAACUAGGACGUGUGUCAAAGAGAAAACCAAGCAAAACAUGGCUGCAGCCUCUGCUUCAGCAUACAGUGACUUAUAGCACCUCCUUGUGGCAGACUCUAUGAAUUACAUGUUAUAUUUCUCUUUCUUUUUUGCAUCUUUAUCAAACGGUAUUUUACCUAGUCUCUAUAUUCUAUCCAGUCAGACCUCCUCUCUGUGCCUCAAUCUCCUACUUGAUUGUCACUCUGUACACUUACCCCUCAUGUAGUAUCCAAAAGUAAAGUAGAGGGAGGUAAACUAAAUCCAUUCCUCCUUCUGCUGACAGCCAUUGUCUUGUCAAACCUCUCUCACAGUAUUCCCAGUUUUCUCCAUCAGAAAACAUUUCCACUUUCUUCACUGUCAAAUUCUGUUUGACCACUCUCUCUCUUACCCUCUCUCUCUCUUUUAUCCUACCUCAGAUAAUAUGCAGCAUAAGGGAAACAGCUUAAAUAAGAUUUUAAGAACACAACCUCAUAUAGUAUGAAUGGAACUGAUGAGAAUGACGGGUGUGGACUUAAAACAGACUUCAUGUAUAGAAUUGAGCCAUAAGCAGCAGGUGUUCUGGACUUCAGCAGCAUUGGAUUGUUCAGCAUUAUCCCAACUGUGUCUGUCCUCCUCUUUGUGGGCUGUACCAAUCAAUAUAAUGUUGGUUGAUUUAAGUGUGUGUAUGUCCAUGUCCAUGCCUCUUUGUGUUUUCCACCUCCAGUGCUGAAUUUUAAGAUUAUUAUUUGGGCAUUUUAGGCCUUUAAUGACAGGACAGCUGAAGAAAUGAAGGGGGAGAGAGAGGGGGAAUGACAUGCAGCAAAGGGCUGCUGGUCAGAGUCGAACCCACUGCGAUGAGGAGUAAACGUCUAUAUAUGGGUGCCCACUCUACCAACUGAGCUGUCAGGGCGCCCCACCUCCAGUGCUGAUUGUCUAGCUGUUUGCAGUGACUGGUCCUGUCAGUGUGGUCAGAUAAGACUGGUUUAGUUACAUUCACACUAUGCAAGCAUACAUUGUAAAUGAAUGACAGUGGAUGAAGCCACUUGGUUGGCAGGUUAUGCUUAGGCUGGCAUCAAUUAUUUCCUCUGCUCUUUUUCCUCAUAUUUCUCCUUAUGCUCUCUUUUUCUCAGACUUGUUCCAUUCACUUACAGAAAUGCUGAUUUCCAUGACCGGAAGAAUUAC